AUGGCCGAUAUCUCGAAGUCUGGUAACAAAGCUCUCAUUAUGACAUUCUCCCACGGAGACUAUGACUCCGUUAGUGGCUUGUGCAUUGGUAUCAUCGUAACGAGCACGUUCGAAGAUGACCGGCUUUUGAAGCUAUCUCAAAUGGCGUCUAUUUUCUUGAAGUACCCCGAUGUCAAAACUACCAUCUACAUGACUUCAUACUAUUCCGGCCACUGGGUCGAGACGACGGAGUUUCAAGGCAGAGAUCUGAAGCCGGUGGUUCUCACAGCUGUGGAAAGGAAGACUCGCUCGGCUCCGCCUGGUCUCACAUUUCUGCUAAAAUUCCUUUGCCAGACGAAGAUGCCUCCGGAGACAUCCGCGAUGGCUAUGGAUUCUCGCCUGUGUUUACAGACUCAAAGUCACAAGAGAAGUUUUAGAAAAGAACUAGGUAUCGUCUAUAUCACUACAAGGAAAAUCACAAUAUGCUUCCGACCUCUGACCCCCCACAGAAGGGAGAUAGUUAAAGGUUUGGAGCAGGAUUCGUGGACGCAAGAUGAUCCUGAAAUACUGAUGGGUUUCAACAAAGAUUUCAGAGACCACGGGAGACUACAGGAGAACAAGGCGAGGUCUGCUCUCUUCCCCGAAUACCAAAUUAUGGAGCACCCGACUCUUAUGCAUUCUAUCCAUGAGUUCUAUAAUGGUACUUUGGACGACGAGAAGAAGUUACACCCGCAUCGCCUCCUCAUAUCAAGGCUUCGGAUAAACAAGCAAGCAAUCCAGUAUGCGAGGACCUUGGGACUAUAUCGGCACCCAGGCAUUGAACAGUGGACCAUGGCGCAAACUUCUAAAAAGUACGAUACUGCCACUUUUAAGGACUUCUUUGAUAGGGUAGCCGAGUCUCGACUCUCCCAUGUCGUGGCUGAUCCCAACGGCAAGAAAUCGCCAUAA